UAUAGCCUACACUAGACUCUCACUUUGUUUCUUCUUUUCGGAUGAAUUAAAUUGUCUUAAAUUAUUUUCUAUUUUUUUAUUUUCGUCUAUCUCUGUUUUGUUGGCAUGUUGAUUUUGGGAUCUUAAUUCACAAAAAUACUUGAGUAGGGCAAGUGCUAACAUAAGGCUACAUCGUAAAGGCUACCUAUAGCCUAUUUUUGGUUUGCUAAGCUCCUUUGCAUCGUUGUUUCGUUACAGAAGCCACAUUAAGGACUGUUUUAAAAAUGAAGGUCAUGUUCAUAAACAGAGUAAUGAGGGCAAAAGUCUUGAGACUUCAUUUUACAGAAGUGGUCUUAUACGUCACCCUACAGCACUACUCCUGCAUGCUGCCAGCGUCAGUCUCAAACAGGUGCUGCACAUGACAGCCUGCAGGCUACUCUUGGAGGGGACACAAACAUACAAGAAAGCGCUCUAAAAAUAUUUUGUUUGUAUGUUUUUUUUUUUACGUCACUAUACAGGUUUGGUGAGGUGCAGAAGCUUCUUUACGCGGGAGUGCGCUAAAAUGUGUGUGUGAAUGUCUCUCUUCAUGCUGCCUUCAUGUUCUGCCUGGAAAGUGAAGUUCCUCUGGACUUUUUCUACUCCUGGCGACGUAGGGGGAAUUGAAAUGUCAGUGGCAUAAAAGCCGCUGACAAUCUAAAGAGUCUUCAUUUCUUCUGGGAACUGAUGCCAAGAUGAAGUUAUUUGUUUUCAGCAUCGUCUGUUCAUUUCUACAAAUCAGUCGCCAAAAUCCUCCAACCCAAUGGACUCUGCUGCCACACAUUCUGGUUGUGGAGGUGGAUGGCAGUAAGAGUCAGCUGCCUCUGAGCUGCCUGCAGCCAGAGGAGUUACCAAGGAGAGGCAACGAGAGUCUGGAUAUAUUUUGGAUGAAGGACAAAGAGGCGGGAGCGCAGAGAGGGAACACGUAUCAGGUGCGGCUGCAGGAAAGCUUAGGAGGGGGCAGCUACACCUGCUACAGCAGGAACGGAUCACUCCUCAACCACACGGAGGUCCUGAUCCAAGAGAAGGGAGCUGUGAGGAGAAAGAUUCUUGUUAAAACUGACCAAGGUACAAUUAUUUAAAAGUGCUCCGCUCAAAAUUUAAAUGGAGAGUUUCGCUGCUCCUGGACCUGGGACCGCUUACGAGUGGGCGUUGUAGCAUUCAUCAGAGCUCAACGUGCCUCUGAUGACACCCAGUGUUCUGUGGACUCGGGCGGUAAGCAUUGGAGCUGCUCCUCACACCACAGUAAGUUCAGGUGUUCAGUGGACGACAGUGGAAACGGCAUCACAUGCGUCGACGAGCUGCACUGCCCUUACGCCGAGGAGAUCCAGCAGAUCCACAUCACCGUCUAUGUGAAGACCAAGCACUUCCUAGUGGAGAACUACUCCAAACACUUUUACCUCUCAGAGAUCGUGAAACCCGACAAGGUGCACAUCAACAAAGUGAACACCACCAUGAUUGAGUGGAGUUACCCGAGCUCCUGGAGCAUUCCCUUCUCCUACUUCCCCCUCACUUUCCAAAUCGCUCUGUUCAAGAGGGACUGUGAGAUGUGUGUGAACCCGUGCACUGACUCCAAAGCCACAAAGACUUUGAUGGUCCACUCUACAGACAUCUGUCGGUUAGAAGUGAAGCACAAGUCGAAGGCCGUCUGUGUCAGAGCUAAAGAUGCUCUCUGUGACUCACAGUGGAGUGAGUGGAGCCACUUAAGAUUGAAGAGAAACAAGAGGAACAAAGAGAACAAAGAGAACAAACAUCGACCAAACAAAAAAAGGGCUUAAUGGAUAAUCCCAUCACCGAACAACUCAGAAAGCCUCCUGUGUUAAUUUAUUUGUUUUUAAAUAUUUCUAUUUAUCUCAUUUUAUAUCUCAUUGUUUGUAUUGUGUACCUAUUCUUAAUAAUAAGCAAG